UCUCUGGAGACCGAUGCCCUUGCCCUUCCCUCUGCUCCAAGGGGCUCCUGUUCUUUUGCACCCCGUGGUCCGGGUUCUGUGAUCCUGCCCCAACUGAUUUCUCAAUCCUGGAGGGAGAAAAUGUUCCCACUGGGGAUGAGCAGUCUAUCCAUGGUGGAAGCUGCGCUGACCGCCUUACUGUCCCUGGGGCUGCUGCUCAGCUUGGCACAACACCUCUGGACCUUGCGCUGGACUUUGAGCAGGGACCGCGCCUGUUCUCUGCCCCUUCCCAAGGGAUCUAUGGGAUGGCCCUUUUUCGGCGAGACGCUGCACUGGCUAGUUCAGGGCUCCAGGUUCCACAGCUCUCGUCGGGAGCGCUAUGGGACAGUAUUCAAAACGCACCUGCUGGGCAAGCCAUUGAUCCGUGUGAGCGGCGCCCAGAACGUGCGCACCAUCCUUCUGGGCGAGCAUCGCCUGGUGAGCAGCCAAUGGCCUCAGAGCGCGCGCAUCCUGCUGGGCUCUCACACGCUUCUGGGCGCGGUAGGGGAGCCCCACCGACUGCGGCGCAAGAUUCUGGCCCGAGUGUUCAGCCGCGCAGCAUUAGAAAGUUACAUGCCGCGCAUCCAGACCACGCUGCGGAGGGAACUGUGGACUUGGUGCGAGGUCUCGGGGCCAGUGUCUGUGUACGCAGCCGCUAAGGCUUUGACCUUCCGUAUAGCCGCUCGGAUCCUGUUGGGUCUGCGUCUGGAGGAGGGCGAGUGCAACGAGCUAGCCAAGACGUUCGAACAACUCGUGGAAAACCUCUUUUCCCUGCCUCUGGACGUCCCUUUCAGCGGUCUGCGCAAGGGAAUCCGAGCCAGAGACCUGCUACAUGAACAUAUGGAAAAAGCCAUUUUGGAGAAAUUGCAGAGGGAGGAGCCUGGAGGACAAAAGGAUGCUCUGGAUUUCAUUAUCAACAGUGCCAAAGAACAAGGCUGGGAAUUCACUCUGCAAGAACUGAAGGAGUCAGCUAUAGAAUUGAUCUUCGCUGCUUUCUUCACCACUGCCAGCGCGAGCACGUCGCUUCUCCUCCUCCUCCUGAAAUACCCUACUUCCAUAGAGAAAAUCAGGCAGGAGCUGGCUUCUCAUGAACUGAGCAGACGAUGUUCUUGCUGGCCUCCCCCGGGCUUCCCCGGACCGCAAAAUGACCCGCUUUCAAGGGAAACUCGCCGAGAGGAGGAAAAACUAGGGGUUGGACCCGAAGUGAGCGGAGAGACCAGCCCCCUCCUGCAGCGGCUCCCCAUUCCCAUAACUCCAGAGUCGCAAGAGAAUACGAGCCCGGGGAACGGCAGCCGCCAGUCUGGACUAGUGGACCCCGAGCGCUGCUGCCCGGGGCCGGAGGCGUUGAGUGGGCGGGAAUGUGAGUGCGAGCCUGACCUCACCCUGGAGAAGCUAAACCGCCUUCACUACCUGGACUGCGUAGUCAAGGAGGUCUUGCGCCUCCUGCCGCCCGUGUCCGGUGGCUACCGCACCGCGCUGCAGACCUUCGAACUGGACGGCUACCAGAUCCCCAAAGGCUGGAGUGUGAUGUACAGUAUCCGCGACACUCACGAGAUCGCCGCCGUAUACCAGAGCCCGCCCGAGGGAUUCGACCCAGAGCGCUUCGGCUCCUCUCGGGAAGAGCAUCGAGCGGCUGGCCGCUUCCAUUACAUCCCGUUCGGCGGCGGCGUGAGGAGCUGUAUCGGCAAGGAACUCGCCCAAGCCAUCCUCAAGCUGUUCGCGGUGGAGCUGGUGCGUACGGUGCGCUGGGAGCUGGCCACGGCCAGCUUUCCCGACAUGCAGACCGUACCCAUCGUGCACCCAGUGGAUGGACUCCAGGUCUUUUUCUACCCACUCCCGCCCUCCUGCGGCCAGGAGUUUGUGAGCUGCUGACUUGCUUGCCUGAGCAGGACCUGGCUCAAGAAAACGACUCACUGCAUCUCUUCCCGGGAGUCGUCAUUUUCUGCCUUUAAAUUCUACAACUCCCCU